AUGGCUUCCGGUCGGCGUGUAAUAAUCGUCACACUUUUAAUCUGUUUUCUUCUAAACCCAGCAUGCGCAAAGCAGAACAAAGUUGUCGUGGUAUCCAUGGAUGGAUUCCGUCAUGAUUAUCUCGAUAUGGCGAAAUCUCAGGGACGAAACAUUUCCGCAUUUGAAGAUCUUUACAAUCGAGGCUUUCGAGGGCGUCUUGUGCCUGUUAUGCCGACAAUCACGUUUCCAACACACUUCUCAGCAGCAACUGGACGCCAUGUUGAAAACCAUGGAAUAAUGAACAAUGUUUUCUACAGUCCUCAGCAAAAUGCCACAUUUUCUUACAAAAAUCCAGAAAAUGCUCAGGAAUCUCAGUGGUGGAAUUACAAUAAGAAUGAGCCUAUCUGGAUGACAAAUGAACGUCUCGGGCACAAAAGCUGUAUCUUCUUUUGGCCUGGAAGUUCAUCUUCAUAUAAUGGCAAUGUUCCAACUAAAAGCAAAUUAGUCUACAACUCAUCAGUGCCCUUUAAAUCACGUGUGGAACAAGUCAUAAAUUGGAUGCGUGAAGAUGAUGAAAUAACCCUUUGCCUGUUGUAUAUGAGGGAACCAGACUAUACUGGACAUGCAUAUGGACCCGAUUCAAAGCAAGUGAUGGAUAGAGUAGAAGAAUUGAAUGAUAUAGUUGACUAUCUUGUCCAUUUGGUUAAUACAACUCCUAAUCUUCGAGAUUCUGUGAAUAUUAUUUUGACCUCGGAUCAUGGAAUGGCUGAGGUCUCAAAAGAAAACGGAGGUCCAACAGUGCAAGAGAUGCAUACAAAGUUAAUCCAAGCAAACUUAACUGGUGCAGAUAUUUAUCUUAAAGACGAUCUUCCCGCCUACUAUCACUAUGCCAAUUCGAGUCGUUCACCUCCAUUAGUUGUUAUCGCACAUAGAGGAUAUUCCAUUUUUACUAGCCCUCCGAAAUAUCAUCUUAAGGGUGAUCAUGGCUAUGACAAGGAGGAUACACAGAUGCACGCAUUUCUGGUUGCUGCAGGACCCAAUUUAAAUCACGUCGAUAAUAUCCAAGUCAUUCAACAAAUCGAUAUUUACCCCCUCGUCUGUGGUCUUCUAAAUCUCGCUGAGCCAAACAAAAUCGAUGGUAAUAUGCGACGCGUUGCCGACUUUAUCGACCCAAAGCCUAGCGAUGAAUUUGUUAGGAAAUACAUGUUUCAUGCUGAGGGAGGACCCCCACCUGGCGCUUCGGUUAAAACCUCGUUUGGUGUCCUCAGCAUGCUCGUACUUUUGGUGUAUUUGGUGUGA